CUUUCCCGAUUUCCCGUCAGAUGUCAGAUUUCUCGUGACUUUUUGACAUUUUGCAGCCUGCAUCCAGUAUUUUUUAUUGUUAUAUAAUUUUCACGAAACAAAAAAACUAAGAAAACCGGAUUGUAGAUAAAAGGAAAACUAGUCAUGGCAUUUCGCUUAGUAACCCAGCAAAUGGCAAGGCGUGCGGGUCUGUUGACUGGACGGCAAAUUGUUCAAUCCAAACAGUGUGCAUUUAGUGUUUCGGCGAGAAAUAUGACGGAGAACGUUCGCAUCGAAACUGAUACCUUUGGUGAGUUGAAAGUACCCGCAGAUCGAUACUAUGGGGCGCAGACAAUGCGAUCUGUGUUGAAUUUUCCAAUUGGGGGCACACCUGAGCGAAUGCCCGAGCCUGUCAUUAGGGCAAUGGGUGUGCUAAAGAAGGCUGCGGCUCUGGUGAACAAGGAAUACGGUCUGGAUGCUCGAGUGGCAGAUGCAAUCUCCCAAGCAGCAGACGACGUCAUCUCCGGGAAGCUAUACCAAGAAGAUCAUUUCCCGCUGGUGAUUUGGCAAACGGGAUCGGGAACGCAGACCAAUAUGAAUGUCAAUGAGGUAAUUAGCAAUCGUGCUAUUGAAUUACUGGGCGGCAAACUGGGCUCCAAGGAUCCCGUUCAUCCCAAUGAUCAUGUCAAUAAGUCCCAGAGUUCCAAUGACACCUUCCCUACUGCCAUCCAUAUUGCUGUAGCCCGGGAAUUGGUUGAGAAUCUCAAACCCGGCCUCAAAAUCCUCUACGAUGCUCUGGCGGCAAAAUCCAUGGAGUUCCAGGAUAUUAUCAAGAUUGGACGAACUCACACGAUGGAUGCUGUUCCCCUCACUCUGGGUCAGGAAUUCAGUGGAUAUGUGCAACAGAUGGCUUUUGCCAUGGACAGAAUUGAUGCUGUCCUGCCGAGGGUGUAUAUGUUGGCCCUUGGAGGCACUGCCGUGGGAACUGGCCUCAAUACCCGUGUUGGAUUUGCCGAGAAGACAGCCGCCAAGAUUGCCGAACUCACAAAACUGCCUUUUGUCUCAGCACCUAAUAAAUUCGAAGCUCUUGCUGCCAGGGAUGCCAUGGUUGAGGUCUCAGGAUGUCUCAAUACAAUUGCCACGAGCAUUAUGAAGAUUGCCAAUGAUAUCCGCUUCCUGGGAUCAGGACCUCGCUGUGGUCUUGGGGAGUUGAUGCUACCAGAAAAUGAGCCAGGAAGCUCAAUUAUGCCUGGUAAAGUGAAUCCCACUCAGUGUGAGUCCAUCACGAUGAUCUGUGCCCAGGUGAUGGGUAACAAUGUGGCAGUGACUGUUGGUGGAUCCAAUGGACAUUUUGAGCUCAAUGUCUUCAAGCCUUUGAUUGCCUCCAAUGUCCUGCGAUCGAUACGUCUUCUGGCAGAUGGUAGUCGCACCUUCACAGCCAACUGCGUCAAUGGCAUCCAAGCCAAUCGGGAUCGCAUUGCACAGAUCAUGAAUGAAUCCCUAAUGUUGGUGACUGCUCUCAAUCCUCACAUUGGCUACGACAAGGCGGCCAAGAUUGCCAAGACUGCGCACAAGGAGGGCACAACUCUCAAGGCGUCCGCCCUGAAACUGGGAUAUCUCACCGAGCAACAAUUUGCUGAGUGGGUGCGUCCUGAAAAUAUGCUGGGUCCCAAGUAAAUUUUCCAUUCUCCGCUCCUGCAUCAUGUACUUUCUUUAUUUCGCGUGAACUCGAGGUCACAUUGCAAAGCCAAUGAAGCCUGUUGAAUAAAAUCUCAUGAUAAAUCCAAGGGCAUGUGAGUUGUUUUCACGCUUAUGGGAAAGUAAAUUUGUUGAUUAUUUUCAUUUGAAAUGUAUAAUAGUAAUUUAAAUAAAUUUCAUAAUCAUCGAA